UACGGCGUGUCAAUUACGGCUACAACUCGAAUUAUUUUUCUGACACUAUCACAAGUUUAAUGCUAGCCUAGGCAAUGAAGCACGGAACCUAAAGCUGACCCCGUCGAGCUGAUCGACUCUACUACUCCCUUGUUCUUUUCUUCUCUUUGGGCUCACCUACCGUAUCCUCCAUGGCCACCCUCACCUUGCCGCCGACCAACAGCGCUGCCGGCCAGGCCGCCGCCACCCAGCAAAGCUUACCAGAGAUCAGGAAGCCUGCCAAGGAUGCCGCAGAUCCGGGCGGGAUGGAGGAGUCCGAGUGGGUUCUUCUCGGCAAAUCGGACAUCGUCCCGGCGGAUGUGGCCGCGGCCGCCGCGGGGUACCACCGGCUCAACUUCUCGCCGCUGCCGAUGAUACCUAUCUGGGUGCAGAUGGUUCUUGGGGGCGUGGUUUACACGGCUGUGCCGUUCUACAAGAGGGCGAGGAAGGUCGAAGGUGAAACGUUAGCCAAUGUAGAAACUGCAGUGGAGGUCGUGGAGCAUGUUGCUGAGGUGACAGAGAAGUUGGCUGAAAAUGCAGCCAGUUCCCUGCCAGAGAACGGGUCCCUGCACAAGGUUGCCGUGGAGAUCGAGUACAUUGCUGAAGUGGUGGAUAAUGAUGCACAUAAGGUUGAAGCAAUCAUUAAUAAGAUCGAAGAGGUGAGUGAUAAGAUCGAUGCUGCAGUAGAACCUGUCAUUGAAGAGCUUGAGAAGGACUUCAAAUCGAACCCCAAAUCCUCUACUGGAUCAGAUGCCCAGAAAUGACAGUUCAUGUAAACUCGGAGGGAAAUCUGAAGUGUCCCUGACUGUAAAUAGUGUACAUUUUUUCUCUCUUAUAUUUUUUUAGCUAAUGCCCGCGUGCUUGUAAAUGUAAUUAAGAUGCCCUAUGAACUACAACCACGCCAUGGAAUAAUAUAAGACAUGGUGAUGGUGGUUGCACUGUGUGCUCGAAUCUGUAGCGCCUGAUGGUAAAAAAUACUAGCAACAAUUACAUUUGAACGUGGAAUCUGGCAUCUCCAUUUCAUGGCAA